UCUUCCGGUGUCCACAGUUAGCAGCAAUGGCUGGCCUGCUACCGUUUAAUGUUGCUGUUAUUUCCAUUGUUUUGUUAUUGAGAUGCGCAAAUUUAGUAUCGUGUAAUAACGGCCGAAGGGCCGGGGAUCCGUUGGAGGCCGAACUCAGUGGAUUCUCUGUGCCGCUUGAACACUCGUUUGAACUCGAUGAUGUUGCAAAGUUUCAGUCGCGUGGAUCCUUGCUGCUGAAAACGGGUCGGGAGCCAAGCGUCUCUCUGAGUCAGAACCAGCUGUCAGAAGACGACCGCUCCAAGCUGAAGGAAGUGGCUGCAGUCGAUGGCCUGUACAGAAUCCGAGUGCCUCGGGUUUUCCUGCAGGCGGACAGACAGACGGAGUGGCAGAUGGACGGUUACCUCACAGCGUUUGUCAGAGCCUGUGCGAUGGUCGAGUCCCACCUGAGCGACGUGAUCACGCUCCACACCGACGUGUCGGGGUACCUGAUCGGCGUCUCCAUAGUAACCUUACCUGGAGCCUGCAGAGGCGCCGAGGUGGAGGAUGAAGUCGACCUGGAGGUUUUCAACACAACUCUGAGCAUCAUGGCUCCUGUAAACGCUCCAGGACCGGAGACAGCUCUGUUCCUGGAACGGAUGGAACAAGAAUCUGAGAAGAAAGGAAAGAAUCCACAAGAGCAGAAAUCGUUCUUCGCCAAAUACUGGAUGUACAUCGUGCCUCUCGUUCUUUUCCUGAUGAUGUCAGGGGCCCAGGACCAAUCAGGUGGCGGCUCUGGUGGUGGAGCCGCCAACGGAGGAGGUCGAUGAUCUACUGUUUGUUUUCCGGUAUCAUUCACUGAAUAAUGAUUCUCAGUUUUUAUCUGCUGUACAUAAAGCUAUUUAAGGAGGAACAUAUUUGUUGUGCAUCUGAAAUCUGUACAGUAAAAAGGAAACUUUGUGACCCGCAGGUGACUGCACUUUUACUACUAAUGUGGAAAAUAAAGUAUUUAUUACUUUGUC